UCGGGCCAUCCCAAAUCGUUACAAGUAAAAUUUUACUAGUACCAUUUCUAUCCCAAGACCAAGACUCCCAACCUUUUCUCCUCCCAGCUCAUAUCAACAGUCGAUUAGUCGAAACUUGUUCAGAAAAAGCGAGAAGAGCGUCCUCCUUUCCAUCAAUGGCGUCUCCUCCACCCUCUUCCUCCAUUGGAGCAGAACCUCCAAAGACCAAACCAAGAGGAAGCUUAUUCAGAAAUGCCAUGAAAAGGAAGCAUCAAUUCAUCCAAUUCUUCGCAAUGUCUGGAAUUCUCCUUCUUAGUAUGCGAUCUUUAGGUCAAAAGUACCGCAUUCAUGACCUUCUUCAAGAUACUGCUGCACUUCAAGACGAACAUAGUUCUCUUGUUAAUCGUAUGGACCACAUCAAAUCCAGUCUUCGUCAUGAAGCUUCUCUCGAUUCUUCUGGAAUCUUCGCUUCUCGCCUUCGUCAACUCUUCGGCGAUGAUCAGUAAUUCUUGAUUUUACUAUUUUGAUGUUUCAAUUUUUCAUCUUUAGCUACUCUUACUACUAGUGUUGAGAAAUUUGGAUUAUACUAGGGUUUAGGGUUUAUAUAGCUUUUAUUUAUAUGAUAUGAUAUGAUAUGAUAUGAUGUGGUUUACAUUUUAUGGAAUAAUUUGUGCCACUGGAUGGUGAUUGCGCGAAAUGCUAAUGAAGUUGUUUGCAAAUAUGCUGUUAGAUGUU